GAACUUCUCAGCCGGAGAACGAGGUCGAAAGAGUUUUAAGUUUGUCCUGACAGCAUCUAAUCAGGAUGUUUGUUCUCAUCUUGGCGACUUUGCUUUUUUCUCUGAGAGGCAGAAAUGCAGACACAGGAGCAUCAGUGGAGAAAAGAGCACGCUGUCAAAGUGGAUUCUGUAUCACUCUUAAUGAAGGAGAGACAACAGCAGAGGCUGGACUCUGUGUUGUGAUACCGUGUUCUUUCACCACUAGUUAUGGCUUCACACCCCAAAACAUAGUUUGGUACAAAUGUGAACAAUCUAAACGAAGAUGUGUUGAUUCAGACGUGAUAUUCCACACUAACAAGAAUAACAGAAAAGUUCAGUCUGGGUUUGAAGGACGAGUGUCACUAUUGGAGCCGGACGUGAGUCAGAAGAACUGCAGCAUCAUCAUCAGUGACCUCACUGAGUCAGACUCUGGAUCAUAUCAGCUCAGAGUUAAUGGUAACAACCAGCAUAAGACGAAAGAAGGAUUUACAUUCUCUCCAAGAGCAACUGUCUCUGUUACAGAUCUGAUCCAGAAGCCCACAGUUAUGGUUCCUCCACUAACAGAGGGACAGCAGACCACACUGACCUGCACUGCUCCUGGUCUCUGCUCUGGAUCUGAUCCUGAAAUCACCUGGCUGUGGAGAGGACCAGGACAGAACGACUCUCACAUCACAGGAAACAUCACUGCUUUCAAGACUGAGAAUCUGACUGCUGUCACACAAAGACACAGCUCAACUUUGAUGUUUAACUCUUCAGCUGAACACCACGGCACCAAUGUCACCUGCAGGGUCAGGUUCACAAACAACAUCACUACAGAGGAGACAGUGACUCUGAAUGUGACCUAUAUGAAGAAACCUGUAAUCACUGGGAAUACGAUUGUUAAGGAGGGAGAUGCUCUGAAUCUGACCUGCAGUGUUGAAAGUUUCCCUCCAUCUCAUAUCACAUGGACUGUACUUGGUUCCAACACAACCCUGAAAAUUGGACCUGAGACUGGCCUGCAGAACGACACUGGAUCAGUCACACUUGUCAUCCAUAAUGCGACUGUAGAACAUUCUGGACAGUACAUCUGUACAGCAAAACACCUGGACACGACUCUGACUGUAAAUGCUGAUAUAACUGUGACUUAUAUGAAGAAACCUGUAAUCACUGGGAAUAGGACUGUUGAGGAGGGAGAUGCUCUGAAUCUGACCUGCAGUGUUGAAAGUUUCCCUCCAUCUCAGAUCACAUGGACUGUACUUGGUUCCAACACAACCCUGAAAAUUGGACCUGAGACUGGCCUGCAGAACGACACUGGAUCAGCCACACUUGUCAUCCAUAAUGUGACUGUAGAACAUUCUGGACAGUACAUCUGUACAGCAAAACACCUGGACACGACUCUGACUGUAAAUGCUGAUAUAACUGUGACUUUGUUUCCAAAGAUCCUGAACAGCUCUGGAUGCAGAAAUCAGUCAGAGGUUCUGACCUGUAUGUGUAUCAGUGAGGGGUUUCCUUUACCCACCAUUAAAUGGCCGCUGUUGAAGGACCACACUGAAUACUCUGUUAUUACCACUGUGUCCAAACACACAGUCAACAGCACCAUCACCCUAAAAUCAAAUGACCACAACAGCACUGUUGUUCAGUGUGUCAGCAGCAAUGAGGCAAGCAGGGAGGCAAAAGAGAACUUCACCAUCCGAAUAAACGCAUCCGAACAAGAGGAUCAAUCCAGCAAACUAUCAAAAAUGGUUUCAUGGCUGGAAAUCAUCAUUGCCUUUUUGAUUGGGGUACUCUUUUCAGCAGCCCUUUGCUCUUUGGCAAAGAAAUGCCAAAGAAAGAAACUGAGCUCUGUAAAUCUGGAUGAGACUCUGCAGAUGGUGACUAGUCAAGAGGAUCCUUUGAUAGAUCCUUGUCAAGCACUGGAAGAUGACCAGACCUACUACCAAGAGGCAGCUGAAGUAGGAGAAGAUGUAACAGCAGAAAAAGCAGCCCCUGAUCUUGAUGGUGGAGCAAAAGAUGUGGAGUACGCCAGCAUCGAUUUCUCUGUGUUGAAAAGAAAGAGUCCCAGGGAGGCAACAAAGAAGCAAGAGACCACCGAGACAGAAUACGCUGAAAUUAAGAAACAAGUAAAAGAGGACAGAGAAGACGACGACAGAGAGGACGGUGAAGUAUUGGAGGACAAAGAGGAGGAGGCGAUGAUAGUGGAGGAUGAGGAGUCAAAACAUUGUGUCUCAGAAGACGAGGACAUGGCGGUGUACUCCAACGUGAAGGAUAUAAUGGGUGAGAUUUAAAGACUGUGUUGGAUUGUGGAGUUGCUUAAGGAUAAAGUUUCUUUGCUCUCAUCAGAUGUAACAGAUUGAAGUAAUGGACUGAUGGAUUGUUAUUCUGGUGAAUGAAUGGCAGUCUUGUGAACCGUUUCUACCACAAGCUGUGAUCUUCAAAUGCUAAAUUCAGUCUGUGAGAAUCUGAAGUGAGAGAGAGACUUCACACCGUCUACAUGUUAGGGGCUGUUCAAAUCUAUUCAUUCAACUGAGGGUGGAUUGAAAGUUGGACAGAAUUUCCAUUUUAUUCAAAUGUUAUUUUGCUUCUAUGUGUUCACUUUUCAUAAACCUUCCAAAUAAAUGUACCCAAAUCCA